AUGUUGAACUAUUUGCCGAAAAUUCUCGCUUUUCUACUCGCCGUUAUUCUCUGCCUUAUUCUAGCAAAUGAAUCGCAAAAUUCUUUCCGGUUUUUAGAAAAAGAUGAUUAUGAUAUUCCUGAAAGAAUACCAGUGAGAAGACAUAUGACUAAAAAGAAGAAGACAUAUUUCAAUCUAUAUUCUGGUAUGGAUGAAAUUAAACGGCAAAAUAGCGAUACAAUUCCUCCACGAGCCAAAAACAUCACGGCGGGAAAACUAUGUGAAGGUACACAUUUAUGCUUAUCUUCUGCGUUCCGGCAUGAAACUCGUUACCGAAUUGCACCCGAUUACAAAAUGAUAAAUUGUGUUGUUCAUAAAAGCAUGUCAACGGUCAUUACGGGCAUCAUGUGCUACCUUUACAAUAGGAAACACAUUGUAAAAGUCGACAAACAAAUGAAUAUGACUGAAUGGGAUAAGGCAUUACUUUGUCACAAUCGUAACACCUUCUCGAACCUUAAGCAGAAGCUGAUAGAUAUUAAUGCUACAGAUUUGAACGGCUGGAGUUUAUCAAUGAUUACUAGAGAUCCGGUAGAGCGGUUUUUAUCCGGAUAUGUGGACAGAUGUAUAAGAAUUUCCGAGGGGCCCAAAACAUGCAACGGAUGCGAUAAGAAUAUGACUUGCUUCAUUUUGAAGGAGUAUGCCAGAUUCAAGAAACAAACGCGGCGGGGCAAACUCGUCAACACUAUUGAGGAUCGACACUUUUAUCCGCAAAAUUGGAGAUGCGAUUUAAAGACGAUGAAGGAGAAAUAUGAAUUCAUUAGGUAUUCAAGCGAUCCGUCUCAACAAUUAAUGACAGACUUGUUCAAAAUUGCAAGGAGGCAAAAGGUGCCCGAAAAUGAGUUAGAGUACAUAAAAUCAGAGCUGACGAAGAAUAGGAAGACAACACACACGACUGCGAACUCACCAGCGAGAGACUUCUACGAGAAGAGGCUGUUGAAGAAUCCAUACUUGCUGGAGUACAUCGUGCGAAUGUAUUUUCACGAUUUCCUUUUAUUCCACUACGACUUUCCGCCAGGAUUUGAAUAA